AUGACCGGCAACGCCCCGACCGACAACGCGAUACUCGAGGGGGGUGGUGAUAACUACUAUGGCAACCAAAAUCCCGGCACGCAAAACAUCGGCGUUCAGCAUGUCUACGGCAACCAAUAUCACGAUGGACACCACUACGACUACUGGCAUCGACGUGAUCCUCGACCCGCAGAUCAAGGAGACUAUUAUCGACCUCGAGAGGAAGACCGUAGAGCGACACGGGCACCGAGGAAUCACAAUCCAGUUGGCAAUGGCGAAGGUUGGGCUGUACGUCAACCUCGAGCUCCACCAGCACAGCCAGCAAGACAACAGCCGGUCGCUCGACCGCCCCAACAGCAACACACCCCAUCAGCUAGCUCGGGUAGCAAGUUCCUGGUCCCACAGGGUGACAAUAGGCUUGCGAUGAGCAACCGCGCGCCCAUCAACGCCAAUACUCAAGCACCGCACACCGCACAAACCAAUGUGACCAUUCAAGAUGUCAACAUCCCCCGCGACUACUUCGAGACGAUGAGUAGACCCCAAGCCGAGAAGGAAUACAAAUUUACCAGAGCAUAUUUCCGUAAGCUGUGUGAUCGUCUGGGCCGAAGAACGUACGAAAGUGAGCAUUGGGUGUUUCCUGAUGAUGAGGAUAAGCCAACGCUUCGCCCCGGCAAUAUCAUUUUGGCUUACAUGAACAACGUGCGAGGUGAUAGCAAGGAUCCCAACGAGGAUGACACCAACUGGAUUCCCCUCAUUUCUGGGGACAUCGCAAUGUCGAAGCCUCAGGCGGGCUUCGGGACCAUCAACUCCAGGACUGCUACCGUGGAGGACAGCCUCUUGGGAAGAAUCCCGCUUCUGAACAAUUACGUUCAGAUCCACGAGGCGACUGAUGAGAUCAACACACCAUUGGAGCCGGCCUGCAAGUUUCCUCGCAUCCUCUUCGAUUCAAACGGCAGAUAUCCUUGCAACAAGGAGGACCGCUUCAUCGAUAUUCACAAGACCUAUCCUCACCCGUCGAACUCACCUUACAUGAUCAUUGGCCAUGUGAAGGGCAUCCAAGAUUUUCAUAUUAUGCACCAGAUCACAGCCGCUGCCAGCGUUCGUAAGCUCAACUUAUCACGAAAGAACAUCCAGGAAGAGCAGAAGAAGGCAGACAGGAAGGCGCGCUUCGAUCGUGAGGACAAAGAGAGACUUGAGGAAAGCAGAAAGCAGAAGCGGAGAAGCAGAAGGCGGAGGAGGAGAAGCUCGCCAAUGAGCAACAAAAAGAGGGGGACAGGUGCGAAGGACAGCGACCGCAGGCCGCAGAGACUCUAG